AUGGCAUCCACCAAGGAAAACGAUAACGAGGAAGAGCAAGCAUUCCUUCAACCUGGGGCGCCCCAGGAAGAUGUUGCUUGGUCUCGGGAAGGACGGGGUCCUCGCAAGGCAACACAAUACCUGCGACUCGCACUAGAGAUUGCAAUGGCAAGCAAGAUCCUGAUUGUCCAUCUUAAAGUUCCACGAAAGACGUACACGUUCCUCCCGGAUGCCAAGUACGUACGCGACGACAUGCUCUUUGACGAACAUGACACCCUCCAUACUCUUCAUAACUGGAUACCACUAAGCGCAGACGCCAGAGGCUACGUCCAGAUUCCCGAUUAUGAAGCCUACGAUAUUCUCGGAAAACCCCAUACGGUAGCCAUCAACCGGACGUCUGACGGACCGGCAUACAUGAUGUCCGUUUUCCACCAGCUUCAUUGCUUGUCGUAUAUCGUCGAGCAUUACCAGCAAGGAUACGCUGGCGUCAAAUUGACGGAAGAGGUAGCCCAUCACUCGUCACACUGCUUCGACUACCUCCGCCAAUCCAUCAUGUGUUCCGCGGAUACCAACUUAGAGGGAGAGUCGGAAUACGGUCCAGGCUGGGGAUCAAAACACGAAUGUGCCGAUUACGAUGCUGUGCUAGCUUGGGCAAACAAGCAUUCGGCGAUGAAAUGGAGGAAUGGUCUUCUCCCGGAAGAUUCUGUACUCUAA